AUGUUUAAUUACAAAAGUGUAUCAUUUAGUAAUUAUUUCGAUUUUUAUUUGGAAAACAGACCAUAUACGAGUUAUUAGUCAAUAACAUAAGUUUAUAACUGUGGUGGUGAACAUUUACGUGUAAUUUCACUAACUUAAAAACAUAACAGAAGAGCUCUUUGGAUUUAUAUGUCAUUCAAUGAAGGAGGAUUAUAUCAAUUUCAAUUAAGUAUCUCUAAAUGUUAAUAUGAAUGUGCUGGAUGCAUAGAGAAUUAUCAAAAGUUUAGUUUAUCUUGGAAGCUGCACUAAUAUUCAUUUGAUUAGAAAUUGAUCACAAAUUCUGAUGGGUGGACUUUUGUUUCAUAAUAUAAUUAUUAAACUUACUUCUUAUGUGGAAACUGCAAUUUUUUGAAAUUUAUGGAAAUAAGAUACUCUACUCAAUUACCUCCUCAUUAAGAUGUACUAAUAAGGUUUUUUAAAGCAUCUUCUUUUAAUCUAAUAGUAGACUAUUAAUGCGGUAAAAAAACAAUAAGUUCAAUUAAUUAAUAAGUAGAAAUAUUUAUAAAUAAUCAUAUUGAUCUUUUUUUAUAAUUAAAUAUUAAAACCCAACCAACUUCAUCUGAUAGUGAAAUAAGAGAUUUUGAAGUAUUUUACACUGAGCCAGAAAUUAGGAUUAACAAUUUUAAUGAAGGUUGUUUAGAGUAGAUUGGCGAUAAAUGCAUAAUAUGUUAAGAAGGUUGGGAAUUGGAUGAAUUUCUAGAAAAUUGUCAUCCAUUUUGUGGUGAUGGAAUAAUUAAAGGUUAAGAAGAAUGUGAUGACAGCAAUAAAAUAUUUAGUGAUUCUUGUUACUAAUGUAAAUAUUCAUGCAAAGAAUUUUGUUAAAUUUGCUAAUUUGGAAUUUGUUAACAAUAUUAAGAUGGAAUUUAAAGUUAGCUAGAAAUGAGGACUAACAAUUUAAAUGAAGGUUGUUUAUAGUAUAUUGAUGAUAAAUGCCUAUUGUGCUAAAAAGGUUGGGUUUAAAAUAAAUUUCUAGAAAAUUGUCAUCCAAUUUGUGGUGAUGGAAUCACUCAAGGCUAUGAGGAAUGUGAUGAUGGUGAUCGAAUAUCGUAUGAUUCUUGCUAUUUAUGCAAAUACGCUUGCAUAAACUUUUGUUUAAUUUGUUAAUUUGGAAUCUGUUAAUAAUGUGAAGAGGGAUUUGUUAUUAAUGGAAAUUUUAAUUGUGAUCCUUUAUGUGGAGAUGGUAAUUUAAUCCCUUAUUCAGCUGAAUAAUGUGAAUUGACAGUUAAUGAGGUAUGGGAUGGUUGUCAAGAUUGCAGAUUUAUAUCAAUUGAACAUUGUAAAACUAACAAAUUUUCAAUUUGUUUAGAGUGCGAAGUAGGAUUUUUUAUGAUAGACAACAUAUGUUUACCUUAUUGUGGAGAUAAAUUCAUACUUGAAUAAUAUGAAGACUGUGAUGAUGGUAAUUAACAACCAUAUGAUGGUUGUUUUUAAUGUUAGUUUUAAUGCAGUGAAGAUUGCAAAAUAUGUGAUAGAGGAUAAUGCAUUUUAAAAUGCGAAGAUGGAUAUGAGUUUGUUAAGAAUAGUUGUCUCUCUGUAUGUGGUGAUUAAAUUGUCACAAAAGAAGAGGAUUGUGAUGAUGGUAAUUUGAAACCUUAUGAUGGCUGUUUUGAUUGUUCGUAUUCUUGUCCAAAAAAUUGUUACGAAUGCUUUCAAGGUACUUGUUUAGAGUGUAAUUAUUAAUACUAAUUAUUAAUUUCUAACUAAUGCAAAUAAUAAUUAAAUUGUGGAGAUGGAUUUCUUUAGGAAAAUGAGGAAUGUGAUGACGGUAAUUAUUAUGCAAUGGAUGGAUGUAAGGAUUGUUUAAUUGAAUAAAAUUGGAUAUGCAUUACAAUUAUAAAAGAUUCUUAAAGCUAAUGCACAUUUGUCAAGACCCCCAACUUAGUUAUUAAUUAUCUUAAUAUGACUAACAAUAAAUAGUAUAUAAGCAUAAUGUUUGAUUAAAAAGUAAAAAUAGAUACUUUUUAACCCUUAUCAGAAACUAUAAAUUUUGAAUUAUCAAAUAUAGACAAGAAGAACUGGAAUAGCACCUUAUAUAUUAUUUAAGACAUUGGAUCUGAGGUAAGUUUUGGAGAAUUUAUUGUAUAAAUUGAAGUUUACUAGUUGCUUGACUUUAGACCAAUCUUGAAAAUUUAAGUAAAUUAGAUAAUUACUAAUUAAUAUAAUGCUGUUUUGAAAGAAGUUGAAAAAUCGAUAACAUUAAAAUAUCCAACAUUUAUCGACGAAACGCAGGAGGAUUAUUCUUAUAAUUUAAAAAGUCUUAAUUAAAAUUUAAUUUAUCUUUUGGCUGGAAUUGUAGUUGUGAAUCUACUAUAAGGAAAUGGGGAUUUAUUUGUCGAAAUUUUGGCAAUCCUUUAAUUCCAGCAAUAUUUAAAAUACAUAAAUCUGUAAUAUCCAGAAAAUUUAGAGAUAUAUUUUUCUCUAUAUGAUCUUAUAACUAUUGAACCUCUCUUGGAUUUAAUCUAUUUUCCUCAACUUUUGUAGUUUAUUGAUUUUUAGACAUAUUAAGAAUAUUCCCAAGGAAAAUUUAAUUUUUACAAAUAAAACUCAAGUAUAAUAAUCAAUCUUUCAUGCUAAAUAUUUUAAUUGUUGAUAUUUUUACUCCUUAUUUUGUUGUUACAAUAGAUAAAAAAAGUUCUUUACAAUUGGAUAUUUUGUCCCAGGUUCUUUUAUGGUAUGUCAAGGUUAUCAUUAUAUUUAAAGCCAAAAAUAACUCUUAAGUUAAGUCAGUCCCUUUAUAACUUUUUUAUGGAUUUAAUCAAAUUAGAAAAAUUAAUGUCUUUUUAAGGAUUACAAAAAGCCUUACUCCUAAAUGGCUGGGAUAUGAUAUUUAAAACUUUAUUGUAUACAAGAAGCAGUUAGAUUUAAGAUUAUAUUGAUAUUGCUUAAAUUAUAAUUGCAAGUAUUUUACUUUUCAUUGAUUUUUCAAUUUUACUGGAUUAUUUCAAAGGAAAAUAAAAAUUAUAAAAGGCGAACAACUACUAAAGGUUUCAAAUUCUAAGUUUUGGUAGGUAAUUUUUCUUUUUAUUUUUCUUGAUUUAUGUAUAAAAUUCCCAAAUACUUUAACUAGGAUUGCUCUUUUUGACAAGCAUUCUUUAGAUUAGAUUCAUAUUUUUUUAUCGUCGGGUUUUUAAUAAGAAAAAUUAUAUUGUUUAGAUGGUAGUUGAGAUAUCAGUAUUUACUUUUAUCCUUACUUCAUUCUUAUAUAUUGAUGAGUUUAAUGGAUUUUUUAAUGAAGAGAAAAAAAUUAUAUUAGGAUGGAUUCAAGCAAUAAUACUGUCAAGCGGCCUAAUUUUAGAAUUAAUCAUGAUAUGCUACAAUUUAUUACAAAAAUUGAAAUAGAAAUACAGAAGAUAGACAAAGAUUUUGAAUAAUCCAUUAUUUUUUACUUUGAAUAUGAGCAACAUGAAGAAUAACUAUUAAUGA